AUGAUCGUAAAGUGCACGUAAGUAGCAUAGAAUCCAACCCCGGAUUUAUGGCCCCGAAUUAAACCAAAUUGCAAUGCUUCUUUCACGUCCGUUUAAUCUCGCAAUUGUAGGAAAGAUUAUUGCUUCCGACUCCGUUUUUCAGUCAAAAAAGCCAAAUAAUCGAUGAGAGAGAAACUUUACGUCGGCUGCUCAUAAAAUACUCACAAAAUCGUCAAAAUUUUGCCGAUUUUCUCUCUAACUUUCGUCUAAAUUCUGUAUAAAAUUUUCAGUUCAUCAGGUUGAAAUUCCGAUUGUGAAUUUGUGAUGCGUGUUUGAACGGUUGUGAUUGGAUCAUCGGUAGUUUAUCGGACGCAGAUGAUCGGUUUCUACUGUUAGAGAUGGAUUUGAUAGCGAGUUGCAAGGAAAAAUUGGCACAUUUCAGGAUAAGAGAACUGAAGGGCAUCCUCACUGAACUAAAUCUUUCCAAGCAAGGAAAGAAGCAGGAUCUCAUUGACCGCAUAUUAGCUAUUCUCUCCGAUGAACGAGUUUCAGGAAUGUGGUCCAAGCGAACUGCUGUUGGGAAAGAAGAAGUUGCCAAAUUAGUUGAUGACAUUUACAGGAAACUGCAGGAUUCCGGGGCAACUGAGUUGGCAUCAAAAGGCCGGGGCGUUUCCGAUAGUAAUAAUAAUACAAAACACAAAGAGGAGAUUGAAGUACCUCCUCAGGUGGAAAAGGUCCGCUGUCCAUGUGGAAGUUCACUGAAAGUUGAUUCAAGAAUUCAGUGUGAAGAUUCAAAAUGCAACGUUUGGCAGCAUAUGGCUUGUGUUAUUAUACCCGAGAAACCCAUGGAGGGUAUUUUACCAGUACCGCCGACCAACUUUUAUUGUGAACUUUGUAGGCUUAUUCGUGCAGAUCCGUUCUGGGUUACAGUAGCACAUCCGUUAUUGCCUGUGAAACUGGCUAUUGCAAAUGUCCCAACAGAUGGUACAAAUCCUAUGCAAAGUAUUGAAAAAACUUUUCAACUUACAAGAGCAGACAGAGAUAUGUUGGUGAAGCCAGAGUAUGAUGUGCAGGCCUGGUGUAUGCUUCUGAAUGACAAGGUUUCUUUUAGGAUGCAAUGGCCACAAUUUGCAGAGUUACAAAUCAACGGUGUGCCUAUGCGUGUAAUAAAUAGACCUGGUACUCAAUUGCUGGGAGCCAACGGGCGUGAUGAUGGUCCUAUAAUUACACCAUGCACUCGAGAUGGAAUCAAUAAAAUUACCUUCACAGGCUGUGAUUCACGUGUGUUUUGUGUGGGUGUUCGCAUUGUGAAAAGGCGCACAGUUCAACAGAUUCUCAACAUUAUACCGAAAGAGUCUGAUGGUGAGCGAUUUGAAGACGCCCUUGCACGUAUUCGCCGCUGUGUAGGUGGUGGGGCCGCCACAGACAAUGCUGACAGCGACAGCGAUCUCGAGGUUGUUGCUGACAAUAUAACUGUUAGUCUACGCUGCCCUAUGAGCGGUUCGAGAAUGAAAAUAGCUGGAAGAUUCAAACCUUGUGCUCACAUGGGCUGUUUUGAUCUUGAAGUGUUUGUGGAAAUGUGUCAACGAUCUCGUAAGUGGCAAUGUCCCACUUGUCUCAAGAACUACUCUCUGGAGAGUGUCAUUAUUGACCCAUAUUUUACUCGGAUCACAUCAAAGAUGCAUAGUUGUGGGGAUGAUGUUACGGAAAUCGAGGUGAAGCCAGACGGUUCUUGGCGGGCAAAAUCAGAAGAUGACCGAAAAAGUCUAGGGGAACUUGGGCACUGGCAUUUACCUGAUGGCACCUUAUGUGCUCCAGUUGAAGUGGAGUCUAAACCGAAGUUAGAAGCCCUAAAACUAGUCAAACAUGAAGGUGGUUCGGAAGGUUAUAAUACAGGGUUAAACCUUGGAAUACUUAACAAUAAAAACGGGAUUCGGGAAGAAAGAAAACCCGACAAUCUGCAUUCAGUUUCUUCUGGUAUGAACAAUGGUCAUAAUGCUAUUCCUAUGAGCAGCAGUGCGACUCUCAGUGGUAGAGAUGGUGAAGAUAAUAGCGUUAAUCAAGAGGGUGGCACACGGUUUGACUUUUCUACCCCUAAUGGGCUCGAGCUUGAUUCACUCUCUCUCAACAUUGACCGAAAUUUUAUCGGUUCAGCAGGGGGGGAUGCAGACGUUAUUGUCCUUAGUGAUUCGGAAGAUGAAAAUGAAAAUCUAAUUUCUUCUGGACAAAUUUUUCACAAUAAUAAUAUUAAUAAUAAUAAUAAUAACAUUAAUCCAGAUGGAGUUCCUUUUUCUAGUCUUCCACUUGGAAUUACGGAGCCACAUCCUGAACUCGGUCUUUUGAACACAAACGACGAUGAUUUCGGGGGUUCUUUUUGGUCUUUACAUUCUAGUAAUCCAUGUGGGCCCAACUUUCAAUUCAUCGGUUCAGAUGCGGACCCCACAGAUGGGUUAGUCGAUUUACAUCAUGGUCAACUUGGUUCUACAUCAAUGGGUGUUGGCGGCUAUUCAUUGGCUGGUGAUCCUUCACACCAUCAGUCGAUGAAUAUAAACGAUGGGUUGGUUGAUAAUCCGUUGACUUUAGGCGGUGAUGAUCCGUCAUUGCAGCUAUUUCUUCCUACAAGACCAUCAGAAGCAACACCGCAGGUUGACUUAACGAAUCAGCCGCCAGCUAUGUCAAAUGGUUUCAGGGGUGAUGAUUGGAUAUCACUCAGCCUAGGUGGCGGCGGCAGUGGAGCCCCUUGUGAACCUGUUGCCACCUCCGCCGCUGCAACCAGUGGGUUGACUCCGAAAAAGCAACCACCAUCAAAGGAUGGUGAGUUGGAUGCGUUAGCAGAUACUGCUUCAUUGCUUCUUGGAAUGAGGGAGGGUAGAUCCGAUAAGAUAAGUAGGGAAAGAUCCGAUAGUCCUUUCUCGUUUCCUCGUCAGAAGCGUUCGGUCAGACCACGAUAUUUAUCUAUUGACAUAGAUUCUGGAGAAGAUAUAUAAGAUUAGCAGCAUGGUUGACCAUUUGACCAACUGGAAGUUUGAUGAUAAACAAUUUGUUGACCAUUUGACCAGCUGGAAGUUUGAUGAACAAAUGUUGUGGCUAGCAGCAGUCUCUGGUUUGGUGAGCUUAGUUUUGAUUAUUAUCAAAUUUAAUACCCCAAAGGGCGUGGUAUAGAUUCUUUCUUCUCUAUAUGGUGAAUUUUAACAUCCUAAUAGCCUUUCUGGUAGAUAAUUAUAGAUACCCAUUUUUUUUUCUUAUUUAUAGCGGCCUGUAAAUGUAUUUAACUUGAGACAUGUCCUGUUACCUAAUAGAAGAAACGCAUGUACCCGUUUUACCA